CCCCUUGACAAAGUCUCUUCACUUCUCUUCACUUCACACAUCUUCUCUCUGUUUCUUCCAAAUUUUCUCUCUCUAACUCCCCGUUCUCUCCCCUCCCAAAAAUGGCUUCUCACCCAAAAACAGCCAUCGCCGCCGUUCUCCUGGUCUUCAUCAUCGCUGUCCUCCCGCCGGCGACAAGGUCCGACGACACCUGCCCAUACCCUUGUUACCCUCCGCCAACCGGCCCCGGCACCGCCACGCCGGCGACUCCAUCUACGCCGUCUCAAACAGGUUACGGCUCCUAUUCUCCUCCGGCGUACUACUCUCCGCCGGCUGCUUAUUACCCAUAUAACCCACCGCCGUCUGACGGCAACAGCUUCGACGGCGUCACUCCACCGCCGCCGGACCCGAUUCUGCCGUACUUCCCUUAUUACUAUAAGAAGCCUCCUCACAAACCGGAUGAUGAAUCGGAUAGCUCCGCCGUCGCCGGACGGAAAUCUGAGGUCGGGAUGAUCGCCGGAAUUUAUGUAUUCAUUUUUCUCUCUUUCUUCUUCUUCAUUUUGAUGUAAUUCAAAAAGGUAGCUACCCGGUUUUAAUUUAAUGAAUUAAUUAGAAAUUUUUAUUUAUUUA